AUGUCUUUGGCAGUCUUUAGAAAGCAGUCUUUAGAAAGUCUUUCUUCCAGUAUGUGGCAGUCUUUAGAAAGCGUGUCUUUCUUCCAGUAUGUGGCAGUCUUUAGAAAGCGUGUCUUUCUUCCAGUAAAGUCUUUAAAGCGUGUCUUUCUUCCAAAAGCGUGUCUUUCUUCCAGUAUGUGGCAGUCUUUAGAAAGCGUGUCUUUCUUCCAGUAUGUGGCAGUCUUUAGAAAGCGUGUCUUUCUUCCAAAAGCGUGUCUUUCUUCCAGUAUAGAAAGCGUGUCUUUAGUAUGUGGCAGCGUGUCUUUCUUCAGUAUGUGGCAGUCUUUAAGCGUGUCUUUCUUCCAGUAUGUGGCAGUCUUUAAGCGUGUCUUUCUUCAGUAUGUGGCAGUCUUUAGAAAGCGUGUCUUUCUUCCACGUGUCUUUCUUCCAGUAUGGCAGUCUUUAGAAAGCGUGUCUUUCUUCAGUAUAUGGCAGUCUUUAGAAAGCGUGUCUUUCUUCCAGUAUGUGGCAGUCUUUAGAAAAGCGUGUCUUUCUUCCAGUAUGUGUCAGUCUUUCCAUAUGUGGCAGUCUUUAGAAAGCGUGUCUUUCUUCCAGUAUGUGGCAGUCUUUAAGCGUGUCUUUCUUCCAGUAUGUGGCAGUCUUUUUAUGGCAGUCUUUAGAAGCGUGUCUUUCUUCCAGUAUGUGGCAGUCUUUAGAAAGCGUGUCUUUCUUCCAGUAUCUUGGCAGUCUUUAGAAAGCGUGUCUUUCUUCCAGUAUCUGGCAGUCUUUAGAAAGCGUGUCUUUCUUCCAGUAUCUGCAGUCAGUCUUUUUCCAGUUUGUCAACACCCACAUGCAGCCAUGAGAAGCUGGGGUGCUGAGGCAACUACAUCCCUAGUGAAAGCUGCUCUUAGUCACACCUAUGACCCACCAUUGCAUGUCAACUUGAAACUUCAAUCAGCCAUUCUGACUCCCCUCCAAGAACUGUCAACCAUUUCCCAUCCAGAUAUUCGACAGAAACAAGUGGAAUCUGUUUUUCAAAUCCUUCACAGUAAUGGAGAUACACUUGUUCAUGGAUGGCCACUUGUACUUGGUGUUAUUGGUGCACUAACAAAUGACCAAAGUGAGAAACUUGUCCAGAAUUCUUUCAUGAGUCUGCAAUUAGUUGUCACAGAUUUUCUACCUAUGAUUCCAUGCAAAUAUCUUUUGGUGUGUGUGGAAGUGGCAUCUAAAUUUGGAUUGCAAAGUCAGGAGCUAAAUGUUAGUCUGACUGCCAUUGGACUUCUGCUUUUUUUCCUCAUUCCUUUCUUCGGUAUCUUUCUUUUAAGUCAAGUGGAAGCUCUUUGUAGUGACGAGACUGCAUGCUGGUUACUCUUUAAAACCUCUUUUGACCAUUAUUCUCCCCAGCACUCCGCCACAUUCCUUAUGUUCUUUCACCUGUUUAACACCCUCCACCUUUUCCUAAUCUGGUGGAUGCUCUCUCCUCCUUUCUCUUCUUUUUCUCUGCAGUUUGCCUUUUGCUGUCCACAGUCUCUCUCUCAUUCACUCUCGCUGUUUUUUUAUUUUCUCUUGAAUUACCCAUCCGUUACCAUCUUUUUACUCUUUCACUCUUUUACUCUCUCUUGCUCUCUUCCUCUUUUACUCUCUCUUGCUCUCUUCCUCUUUUACUCUCUCUUGCUCUCUUCCUCUUUUACUAUCUCUUUCUUUCUUUUCUUUUUACUCUCUCUUGUUAUCCUCCUCUUUUACUUUCUCUUGUUCAUCCUUUUUUACUCUCUCUUACUUACUCUCCUCCUCUCUUAUUCACCCUCUCUCUCCUCUCUCUUCUCUCCUCUCUCUUAUUCACUCUCCCUCCUCCUCUCUUAUUCACUCUCUUGCUCUCCUCCUCUCUUAUUCACUCUCUUGCUCUCCUCCUCUCUUAUUCACUCUCUUGCUCUCCUCCUCUCUUGUUCACUCUCUUGCUCUCCUCCUCUCUUAUUCACUCUCUUGCUCUCCUCCUCUCUUAUUCACUCUCUUGCUCUCCUCCUCUCUUAUUCACUCUCUUGCUCUCCUUUUCUCUUUCUCUCUUGCUCUCUCUCCUCCUCUCUUAUUCACCCUCUAGCUCUCCUCCUCUCUUAUUCACCCUCUAGCUCUCCUCCUCUCUUAUUCACUCUCUUGCUCUCCUCCUCUCUUAUUCACUCUCUUGCUCUCCUCCUCUCUUAUUCACUCUCUUGCUCUCCUCCUCUCUUAUUCACUCUCUCACUCUCCUUUUCUCUUUCUCUCUUGCUCUGUCCUCCUCUGUUUUUCUCUCUCUCUCCUCCUCUCUUACUCUCUCUUGCUCUAUUUUACUCUAUAUCUCUUGCUCUCCUCCUCACUUUCCUACUUGUUUCUCUUUUUAUUGCUCUUUCACAUUUCUUCUUCUUCUUUAAUUUUUCUUCACAUUCACCACUCGGUUUUUCUCCUCCUCCUUUCUAA